AUGACCGAACCAGAAACGCGGUACCCAACCUUGGAGAAGAUGGCUCUCGCCGUCGUUACCUCGGCGAGAAAACUCAGGCCCUACUUUCAAUCACACACGAUCGAAAUACUCUCCAACCAGCCCCUCAGAACGGUGAUGCAAAACACAAACCAGCCAGGAAGAUUGACCAAGUGGGCUAUGGAACUCAGCGAGCACGACAUUGUAUACAAGAACCAUGGUUCGUCUACUAACAAAGGUUCGGGGGCAGGUGUCCAACUGCAGUCUCCCACGGGGGAGCUAAUUCGACAAUCGUUCAGCUUUGGCUUCGCAGCAUCAAACAACGAAGCCGAAUACGAGUCUCUCAUUGCGGGGCUUCGUCUCGCUAAAGCAGUCAAAGCUAAGCGAAUCAUCGUAUAUUGCGACUCCCAACUCGUGGUAACCCAAUAUCUUGGUGAUUACGACGUCAGGAAUGAUAGGAUGGAUGCUUACUUAAAGCUCGUCAAGAAUCUCACAAGGGAUUUCGAGUUCUUCGAAAUCACGAAGGUUCCUCGCGAAGAAAACAUAUGCGCGGACGCCCUCGAAGCUCUUGGAAGCAAACUGCACGACCAAGUAAAGAGAACGAUCUCAAUACACAGGAUUGAGAAGCCAAGCAUCAGCCAAAUAACCGAGCAGUUGACCAUCGUAGCAUCCGUCACCGACGCAAUGCAUACCGAUGAAGCAGAACCUUGCGCAACGGAAAGUCAGCUCAGCGAUUGGCAAGAGGAGUUCAUCGCUUACCUAUCCGACGGCAAAGUGCCUACCGAGAAGUGGGAGGCUAGACGACUCAAGCGACGCAGCGCACACUACGUCGUCAUGAACGGAGACCUCCAUCGAUGGACCGCGACAAAGUUACUCCUUAAAUGCAUUUCCGGCGACGAAACAAGACUCGUCAUGGCCGAAACGCACGAAGGAGCGGUGGGCAAUCAUUCAGGAGGGCGAGCUCUCGCAUUAAAAGUGAAGAAUCUCAAUUUCUACUGGCCAACCAUGAACGCAGAUUGUGAGUCCUACGUCUGUAAAUGUGACAAAUGCCAACGACACGCUUCAACCAUCUACAGCCCAACGGAGUUGCUCCAUACCUUGACUGCACCAUACCCAUUCAUGCGAUGGGGAAUGGACAUUAUUGGACCAAUGUCGAGUUCUCGACAGAAGAGAUUCAUCUUGGUCCUCACGGAUUACUUCACUAAGUGGGUAGAAGCAGAAGCCUACGCCAACAUCACAGAUAAGGAGGUACAUAAGUUCGUUUGGAAAAACAUAAUCCGCAGGCACGGGCUCCCCUACGAGAUAAUCACCGACAACGGGCCACAGUUUAUCUCACAUAACUUCAGAGAGUUCUGCGACAGAUGGAGAAUCCGUCUAAACAUGUCAACACCGAAAAACCCGCAGAGCAACGGCCAAGCCGAGUCAACUAAUAAAACGAUCGUCGACGGACUCAAGAUGCGACUUGACUUAAAGAAGGGUUGCUGGGCUGAUGAACUAGACAUGAGUCAUGUGGUCCCAUAG